UUGGGGUAGAAUUCGGCUGAUCCAAUUCUGUUGUGGCAAAGGAAACAAAUAAACAAGGGUGGAUGGAAAACAGCUUUGCCGUUGGUUGCUGCUAACCUUGGCUGCGUUUGCGAUUGCAGUUUGGCUGCUGGUUUGUUGGUUUGCAACAACAAGAGACGCGGAUGCUGAUGCAGCCUCCGUCGGAAGAAGAAGAAGAAGAGAAUCAAUGGAGGCCACAGCAGAUAUCAGUCACCCGUCAACCGCCCUCUCCUCAUUAACUCCCACCCGCCUCACUUUUCUUGCCGUAAUAACGACCGACUUCUCGUGCUUUCCCUAUAUAAUUCAUCUUCAUCAGUUAUUGCAAAGAUUGCAUCCUCCCAAUCCCAGGCGCCCGCCCGAAUCCAUCAAUCAAUCCGACGAUUCCCAAUGGCCUCCUCCGCCGCCGCCGGCAACGGCACAGGCGGCAUCCUCCCAACCCACACCGCCGCCCCCGCCUGGCCUUCCAAGACCAAGGACCCUCGGCGCCGGCGGCGCUGCCUCUGCGUCUGUCUCCUCGUCACCCUGGCCGUCCUGCUCGCGCUGGCCAUCACCCUGCUCGUCCUCUUCCUCACCGUCCUCAAGGUCCGGGACCCCACCACGCGCCUCAUCUCCACGCGCCUGGCGGGCGUCGCCCCGCGCCUCACCUUCCCGGCCCUGUCCGUCCAGCUCAACGUCACGCUGCUGCUCACCGUGGCCGUGCACAACCCGAACCCGGCCUCCUUCGCCUACGACGCCGGGGGCCACACCGACCUCACCUACCGCGGCGCGCACGUCGGCGAGGCGGCCAUCGACCCGGGCCGCAUCCCCAGCAAGGGCGACGGCGAGGUCAGGCUGGCGCUCACGGUGCAGGCCGACCGGCUGGCGGCCGACCUGGCGCAGCUGGUGGCGGACGUGGAGAGCGGGUCGGUGGCCAUGGAGGCCAGCACCAGGAUCCCCGGGAGGGUCACCAUCCUGUGCAUCUUCAAGAGGCACGCCGUCGCCUACUCCGACUGCAGCUUCGUCUUCGGCGUCGCGGAGAUGGCGGUGCGCAGCCAGCAGUGCCACGAUCGCACAAAGCUAUGAUGGUGGUGCCCGUGACGCGCGGCGCCGCCCGUGUUGUUUGUUGCGACGUCGUGGCAUGCCAACCGUGUUGGUUUUCUUGGUCGAUCUUGCUUGCCCGUCGCCGUCGCCGUCGGCGUCGGCACCGCCCACGCACCCACAUGCUCCCCUCUCAUGGCGUCGGAUCAUCCCACGUUGCAGUAGAAGCACGAUAGAUCUACUCUGUAUUAUUAUUACUUUAAUUUGUAUGAGAGAGAGAGAGAGAGAUGCUCUGCCAAGAUAGAUUAGGUCCUGCCUAGUUUUUACUGGGUCUUGUUAUUAUGGGUUUGAUCAUUGGUUGCUUGUGUACAUAAACACAAUAGGUUGAAUGGAUGGAUGUGCAGGUGGUUGCGCUUUUUGUUUGUAAGUACUUUUGUACGUUUUGCUGACUUCUUUUUCACAACCUUCUCUUUUCUAAUACACAUUUUCAUUGCACC